CGCACACACACACACACAAACACACCCCCCGCACUGCACGCCCACGCGCAGACACACACGCACACGCAACACGCCCAAGCACCGGCAGCGCCCGGCCCCGCCGCGCUCCGCGCCCCGCGCUACCCCUGCGGAAAUCCCAUUUGCCGCCGCGCUCCUCCCAUCGCAGGAUUCCCCCUCUCUCGUGUCCGGCGUUUAACUCGCAUGACAUUUUUAUUUCGUUAUUAUCGUUUUCGCGCAGGAUCUGGCGCCUCCGAUGGGUUGCCGGGUUGCGUUUUUUUUUUUUCCCUUCCCCGUUCCCUUCUCCUCCUCCCCCUCCCCCCUCCCCUCCUAGCUUGCAGGAAAUGAUGGCAAACCGCGAUCUGAAAUGAUUACUCCGGAAAAAAACCCUUUUAUACCAGGAGAGCAUCCAAGGGGCUAGGCACAGGCAGGAGGCGGCCGCGGGGCAGCGGGGAGCCGAGGAGCCAGCCGCCGGCGGAGCCGGGACCCCCUUCCCCCCCCGCCCCCCCCCCCCCCCCUCCCCCGCAGUUCUCUCCGACGAUGCCGGACGAAGCCACGGAAAACGCCGGCUCCACCUCCGCCCGCGUCUCGUCCUUCUUCAUCGAGGACCUGCUGGGCACCGAGGGCCCGGCGGGCGGCGGGACGCGGCGGGAGGCGGCGGGCGGCGGGGACCGCGGAGGGCCGCGCUGCGGGCCGCGCUCCCCGCUGCGCCUCGGCGCCCAGGGCUGCCCCCUCCGCGACGCCGCCGUCGGCUGGUACCGCCGAGCGCACGCCGCUUUCCUGGGCUGCGCCAGCCCCGACACCAGCGACCGGGACUCGCCGGAGCUGCCCGAGGAACCGGCGGAGCGGGCGGGCGGCGGCGGGCGGGCGGCGGCGAGGGGCCCGGCGGGCGGGCGGCCGGGGCCGGGCGGCCGUGAGGAGGAGGAGGAGCAGGAGCAAGAGCAGGAGCGAGGCGAGGAACCGGGAGAGCCGGAGCAACGCGCCGCCGGCCGCAAGAAGAAGACGCGUACGGUGUUCAGCCGCAGCCAGGUCUUCCAGCUGGAGUCCACCUUCGACGUGAAGCGCUACCUGAGCAGCUCGGAGCGGGCCGGGCUGGCGGCCUCUCUGCACCUCACCGAGACCCAGGUGAAGAUCUGGUUCCAGAACCGCCGCAACAAGUGGAAGCGGCAGCUGGCGGCCGACCUGGAGGCGGCUAACCUCUCCCACGCGGCCCAAAGGAUAGUGCGGGUCCCCAUUUUGUACCACGAGAACUCGCCGGCGAGCGCCUUGGGCUUCACCCUGCCCCACAUGUCGCCCCCCUUGGUGGGCUUCUCCAGCGGCGUCAGCUACCCCCUGGGCACCUUCCCUGCCGCCUCCCUCCCCUUCCUACGGUCGCAGAUGACAGGACUCGUCUGAGCUCCCACCUGUGCAGGGACCGCGGCCCCUUCGCCCCCUCCCCCGGCUUCCAGCUCCACCCUCCUUCCUCCCCGGACUUUUUAUUUCCAACUUACAUGUUUUUUUGAUUUUCUGCGGUUUUGAUUUUUUCUUUUUUUUUUUUUUUUAACGUGCAAUAAACUUACUUUGGGGGUUAACUCGGAGCGACGCGUAGCAGCCGGAGGGAACCGAAAGGACUGCGAGGACCCCAGCCGGGAGCCGGGAGCGGGUCGGUGGGGCUCCCCCCGCUGCGCAUCCAAAGAAAAUGCAGCCCCGUGGCAGCGGCAAAGCCCCCACCGCCGCCUCGGCCCCGGGGUGACACAGACCGGCGUUUUCCGGGGGGCAGCAGCCCCCCAGACCCUUCCUCCCCCCUUCCCCCGCAGAGCUGCCCAGAGUGAGACGAAUGUAGGGAACGGCCGGAGCCCCGCCGCCCCCGCCCCACGCACGGCGAAGCCUCGGGGGCCCCGUCGCGGCCGAGGGACCUUCCGCGGGUCCUCCGCUACCCCGGGCCAGAGCUUUUGCCGGGGAAACCUUUCCUUUUCCCCGCUGCCCCGGCUGCUUUCCGUGCAGAGCGGGGGACCCUGCGGAUCCCCGCCUUCAGCGGCUUCUCCAGGGCCCUUUGUUUUAGCCACUUAAUUCGUACAGAUUCAUCUCCUCCCCCCCUCCGUUGUUACUCUCGUUUUCAUGCGAUCGAUACCGAGGCAUGUGCUGAUGCCCCCUGGUCCUUCUCGAUGCAGGCUUUUGAUUUGAAACAACUUGGAGGCAAAUUGUUGGUAUGAAAUCACCCCGAAGUCCGAGCUGUGAGGAUUUGGUUUCUUUGUUUUCGUUUUAUUUCCCUGACAAACUAUCAGCUAAAUUACACGGUUAAAUCUAUCAUCUAUCUAUCUAUCUAUCUAGACAUAUAAUUCAACAUACUGUAUUUUACCAGUGGGUUUGCCACUUAUUUUGGUCUCCUGAGGAGUCUGAGGAAAACCCACCUCUCUUGUCCGUCUCUUAGGGGAUCGGUUUGUGUAAUCGAUUAAUAGUUCUCACUGGCAAUUAAAAAGGAAGAAAAUAAAAAUAAUCAGAUGGAGACAGACUGGGGAGCUGUAUGGCUAGUUAUGCAAACUAACCUGUAAUGUGAUGUUAUAUGAAGUAUUAUGCAUGCCAAGCUAUUUUUUUCCUUUAAUAGGUGUUUUGUUUCCCCUCUCUCUACCCACUGCUAAAAUUAAUAUUGGGACCAUCAUUGUUACUAAAGGUUUGAAUUUCUUUUUCGGAAUAUUAAGGGGAAAUGACCUUAUAAAACUCAGCCUCGGUGGAAGGUCAAGCUUUGAUCGAACGUUUUAGGGCAUAAUCAGAUGUAAUUGAACCGACCAGUUCGGAGCACUCGGUGUCCCCGCAGGGAAAGCCUGGUCCUGGGACUGCUGGGGUAUGUACAUGAGGACCUGUCUCCAGUGAAGGAAAAGACGUCUAAUUUUUACCAUUUCCUAUGCUUUACAUUAUAUUUGGAGCAUUCUCACGGUUUCUUGUUAUGAAAUCGGUCGGCGAGAUGCGGCAGGGCUCCAGCUUUGUUACGAAACCUGAGAAGAAGGGUCAGGGGAGGAUUAUAACCUCUUCACAGAGCAUUUUUAUUUUUUUUUUUUUCCCCCCGCUUUGACCUGAAACACGGCUCUGGGUAUCAGCCUGCACAGCUGAAGUCAGGAUGCUGAAAGCCUCAAAACCGCUCGAGAAUGAAAUAUAUAUAUGUAUUCUGGGUUCCUGAGAAAAGUGCUCGCUUGCCGGGAUGCUCGUUUCGACUUGAGCCCCGUUUCUGGAAGCUGUUUUGUUUUGUGGGUUUGUUUUUGGUUUUGUUUUGUAUUUUUUUUUUGUAUUUUUUUUUUUUUUUCCCCCGAACUGCUCUAAAAUCCCUCGUCUCACUCCGGGAGAUCUUCGCCAGCUGUUUUCUUUGCAUAUCCGUCAAACACCCGAAUUUGAGGCAAAACCGCCUAAAGCCUGGUCCCCGGGCGGUGCAGAGGAGGACUGGGAGGCGGCGGGCCCGGGGUGCCGGUGCCCCGGACGGGACCCGCCGGCCGCGGGGCGAGCGGCUGGGGUGCACUUCAGCAUUUUCAUGCGCAGAGGAGGUGACUUGGGGCAAUAUUUCUUCCUCGGGGCGCAACCACUUGAUUCGAUACCGUUCAGAGCCUGGCUGACCCUGGGAGAAAGCGGCCAGACCGUUUCCUCCAUCACACCCAGCUCCCCAGCUCUCCCAGUGUUACCUACUGGAGUAAAAUCCUGACUCACUACAGUCAUACCAGAGUAGAUUGUAAUCCAACGCGAAAUUUAACAUGCCUGCCACUCUCCACAUGCCUUUUCUUUGGAGUAACAUAUGAGAUUAUUAUACUUCUGAUUCUACUAAAUAUUCUUUUAUUGAAGUUAAGGAACUGGCAGGGCUAAAUGACCAAUCGGAUUUUUAAAAUGUGUUUUGACAUUAGUUUGUUUGUUUUUUAAAGACGUGCUGAUUAUAUCAAUAAACCGAUUUUUUUUUUCAUACACUGUAUUUGUAACUUAUGAUCAUAGUAAAAUAUUAAAAGGUGCAAGACGUGAACUCAUCUAAGAAAAGUGCUUACUUAUGCCUUAUUCUGUACAUGCAGGAACUGCUUCAUAGUGGCUUAUUAAAAAUAUGUGUUGAAAGUA